CUCCAGUCCCAAGUAGAAUUGGUCACGCUGGGCUGAUGCUGAAUUUUCAAACAUGCCGCAUUCCAAUUGGAAAUCCAAUUCGAAAGAUGAUGGCCACCAACGCCUACAUGGAAGAUUUCGACAAUCAAUUUCUGGCCAAACUGGACGGGAUCCUGGCCAGUCGCGAUGCCUUCCUCAAGAACCUCAAAGCUUGCACCCAUCUGGCCAUUCUCAACAUCCCCAAAAGCCAGCGCAAGAAAACCUUGGCCGAGCUCAACUUUUUCCCCGACCUCGUGGCCGCUCAGGUGGUCGGGGGCCAGACCGGCGGCCAGACCGGCGCCCAGCCCACGCUCAAACCCGCCGGGGGCCGGGCCCCCACCCACGGCCCUAGCCUCGAUCCCGGUCAAUCCGUGGCCCAGCAGAUUCAUUUGGCCGUUCAGGCCCAACUCAAGUCCAGUCAGAAACGUGGACGGCCGGCCGGCGGACAGAAAACGCCGGCCCCGGCUCGAGCUAAAGGCGCCCUGGCGCCGCCUUCCACGGGCGUGCGCCGAUCCACGCGGAAACGUGGACCGCCCAGCCAUUUGGACACGGAAACGCCCGUGAUGGCUCAGCGGAACCGGGCCGCUUCGAGCCUGGCCACGCCCAUGAUCACGCCCAAAUUCGAUGUUAACACGCCGUUUAAUAAAAGCGUGUUCCGUUUGGCCCUGCCCAAUGAGAAGCUGGUCUCUCUCAGCGGAAGUCCUGUGUGCGCUUCCACGGUGAAGGCCUCGAAAUCCAAGAAGCCCGCAAAGGAUCAUUGGCCUAUUCCCUUGGGCCAAGGCAAGACCAUCAUGAUCCCCAUGAAUCAAGCGGAUGCCGAGCAGAACUACGUGGAUCUCGAUGAAGAUGCCAAGAACAAGUUGAUGCAAGUGCGAUCCGCUUUGGAUUCGUUGAUUCGCAUGAAAGCUGCUGAUGACUGACUGAUUGAUCGCCUGAUUGAUCGAGUAAGAGUAUACAUUGUAAAUACUUAAUCCCCUACUUUCGACGACGCUUCUUCAAUAAAUCUCUGGAAAUCGUAAA